AUGAAUAACUAUGCAGGUGAAGUUCUUAAAGUGACCCUUGCUCUUAAGUCGUCUUUGAAUUUAAGACUGGUUAAUGAUUAUCCAGAACGCUUUGUUCCGGUUUUGUCUAACAUGUAUUGCAACGUGUGCGGAGUUGUAGAUGAAGAUUAUGAUGAAAAUUCGGUUGUACAUCAUGAUGAUACACCGAAACAUUUGUGCAACUUAAUUUUACAAAAUUAUAAAAAUAACAAGAAAUAUUUUAGCAAAAACAGAAAUGGAGUCAUUGUACUUGGUAGUGCUACAGUUCAGGGAGCAACUGGUGGUAUGGCACAUGUGCACAAUAGUGACCACCAUAAAAUUAGAAUAUAUGUAAUGCCUAAUGAAGUAGUUAAGUUUAAUUUUAGUAUCAGCAAUAAUAUGAAAAAUGAAGGAUUGCUCGUUAUUGGCAUUCAACUGGCCCAUCCUCAGCCUCAAUUCCAAAUGAAUGAGCAUCCAUAUAUUUUUGGUGGAGAGCCAAAUGUUUUAGAUAAAAAAUCCACAUUAAGUGAAGAAAUAAGUGUUAGGUUUCAAUCUCCAGAUAUUGGUCAGUUUGAAAUGCCUAUUAUGUUUACCUUUCAUAAGAAGAGUGAAGAUGAGAAUAUUAUUAUUAUACGUGAAAUGGUAGUUUUAGUACAAGAGCAUCAUAUAGAACUGGGUACCAACAAAAGCCCAUACAAUAAUGAGAAAUGGGAAAAAGCUGAGCACUUCAUUCAAUGCACUAGUCAUGUGCCAUAUGAAACUUUAUUUAAGAUACCAAAGCUAUUAAAAAUUUUGUUACCACGUGGGCUUGAAGAAAACGCGCUGGAAGAUUUACCAUAUAAUCAAGAUAUGUUGUUAAAGCUACGGGAGCUGCUUAUAUCCACCAGGGCAAUAUUUGAUGAGGGUCCAACUAAACACAACUAUAUGAUGUAUUUCCAUUACCUGCUGUGGUGGGAGGAGUGCAUCGCAAGAAUUAACUUAAGGAAAUAUAAUAUGUCGAAUGUAAAAAUAGAACAAAGGCACGAUAUGCUUAUAUUGGAAGUACCUGGUUUAGCUGAGAAGCGCCCGUCAUUGUUACGUGGUGAUCGAGUCUUCAUAAGACCGAAAGAAAACGAAACUAUUACUUUCGAAAGUGUUGUUAAAGACAUUGAAGAUAAUCAUGUUGUCUUAGCAAAUAUGGACCAGUCAUUCUACAAUUAUUACUCCCCUGAAGCACUGUUCGACGUGCGCUUCCUGCUCUCGCGCGUGCCGUACGAGCGCUCGCACGAGGCUAUAAGCAAAAUAUUCAGCUCCAAACAGGAAUGCCGCAUUUUUCCUGAACCACCAAAGAAGAGAAUCGCUGUGAAGCCUAUCAAGAAGUUCUAUAACCCGCUUAUAGCUGGCAAUGAGGAGCAGAGGUCUGCAGUGGAGCACAUAGUGUCCGGCACCUCCGGGAAGGCCCCGUACAUCGUGUUCGGGCCGCCCGGCACCGGCAAAACUAUGACUAUAGUCGAAGCUAUCAUACAGAUAGUAUUGCAAAACCCAAGACAUCGCGUGAUGGUGUGCACGGACUCCAACAUGGCGGCCGACCACGUAGCGCUUGCUUUAAUAGAGUACAAUAAGAAACUAAAUAUAUCUAACUUCUUGCUUCGCGCUAACUCUCAGAACCGAGAAUGGAGCGUGAUGCCGGCCGCGCUCGCGCCGGUGUCCAACGGCACGAGCUACGACAACUUCUAUCCAGUGAGCAACGUGCACGUCGCAGUCUACCGCAUCUUCGUCACCACGCUCUUACACGCCGCCAAAUAUGGAUCAGUACGAAGCCAGUCCAUGCACAAGUACAACGUGACGCACCUGUUCAUCGACGAGGCGGCGCAGGCGUCGGAGCCGGCGUGCCUGGUGCCGGUGGCGGCGCUGCUGGCGCCCGCCGGCCGCCUUGUGCUGGCCGGCGACCCGAAGCAGCUCGGCCCCGUCUGUAUCUCCAAGGAGGCUCACCAGAGGGGGUUGGGUCAAUCACUGCUGGAGCGUUUGAAGCAAACUUAUGAAAAUCUAUAUACAGAUUCGAACUUUAUAACAAUGUUGGUCAAAAACUUCCGCUCUGAUCCAGAUAUAUUGGCCAUCCCCAAUGAAUUAUCUUACGAAAAUUGCCUUCAAGCUUGCGCUCCUCCGGAUCCUUUGAGUAAAGUGAGCAUACUGGGUUUGGAGGGCGGCGAACGCGCCGUCGUGUUCCACUCGGUGAACUCGCGCGAGCAACGCAUGGGAGACGCACCCAGUUAUUUUAAUCAAGGAGAACUGGAAAUGGUAAAAAGAUAUACCAAAGCAUUGAUUGAAGUACAUAAAGUGGACCAAAUAGAUAUUGGUAUCAUCGCACCCUAUAUUAGACAGGUGUACAAAAUAAAAGGUUGGCUUAUGAACGAGAACUACACGGACGUGAUGGUGGGUACGGUGGAGUCCAUGCAAGGGAAAGAGAGGAGAGUCAUCAUAGUGUCGACCGUGCGCGCCAACUGCAGGCUCCUGGACUAUGACGCUAAAUAUAGUCUGGGCUUCUUAGUGGAUGACAAGAGGUACAAUGUGACAUUGACUCGAGCUAAAGCCAAGAUCAUCAUUAUCGGUAACGCCACAUGUCUCACUCGAGAUCGAAAAUGGCGCAUAUACAUGGAUUUCUGCAAAGAUCUAAAUUGCUACUUUGGUAAAGAAACAGAACAGUUACAAAGAAAUUCAGCCCUUUUAAUGGAUAUUGCAAGGAAGCGUUUCGACAAAUGUCGCCUUUCUGACUUUUUAAAACCAGUGCUUGACAAAGAUAAACAUAUUGAAAAGAGGAAGAAAAUACAAAAG